AUGCGCGUGUCCUCUUUGUCAUUUCCUUUGGCAGCGCUGGGCCUCGUUGGCUCUGCUGUCGCCUAUCCCUACCCUGAACCAGAGGUGGUCUUGCGCCGAGACUCGGACAAGCAGGCCAAGGCCAAUGCUGUCAAGGAAGCCUUCCAACAUGCAUGGAAUGGAUAUGUUAAAUAUGCUUUCCCUCAUGACGAGCUACACCCCGUGAGCAACGGUUAUGGUGACUCCAGGAAUGGAUGGGGGGCCUCCGCUGUCGAUGCGCUUUCAACCGCCAUCAUCAUGGGUAACCAGGAUGCUGUUCAGAAGAUCCUGGACCACAUUGAAACAAUUGACUUCUCGCAGACUGAAGACGAGGUUAGCCUGUUUGAGACUACAAUCCGAUACCUCGGUGGCAUGUUGUCCGGCUAUGAUUUGCUCAAGGGUCCUGCAGCGAAUCUUGCCCCCAAAUCAAGUCAGGUCGAUGCCCUGCUUACCCAGUCCAAAAAACUUGGGGAUAUUUUAAAGUUUGCCUUCGAUACACCAUCUGGUGUUCCCUACAAUAACCUUAACAUCGCUUCCAAGGGAAAUGAUGGUUCGAGCACCAAUGGUCUUGCAGUAACCGGAACCCUGGUGCUGGAGUGGACCCGAUUGUCUGAUUUGACUGGAGAUGAUGAGUAUGCCGAUAUAAGCCAAAAGGCCGAGUCGUACCUUUUAAAUCCUCAACCAUCAAGUGGAGAGCCAUUCCCCGGCCUGGUGGGAAGCAACAUCAACAUCUCCAACGGCCAUUUCACCGACGGCGCAGUCUCUUGGAACGGCGGCGAUGACUCAUUCUACGAGUACCUGAUUAAGAUGUACGUGUACGACCCCAAGCGGUUCAAGUCGUACAAAGACCGCUGGGUCCUUGCAGCCGAGUCGACAAUUAAACACCUCCAAUCGCACCCAGCUCCUCGCCCAGAAAUAACCUGGCUGGCCUCAUACUACAACGGCCAAUAUGAUCUUAGCUCACAGCACCUGACCUGCUUCGACGGCGGCAGCUUUAUCCUGGGUGGCACCGUGCUGGAUCGGCAAGACUUUAUCGAUUUCGGUUUGCAGCUUGUGGAUGGCUGCGAAGCUACUUAUAACCAGACCCUGACUAGUAUUGGACCAGACUCUUGGGGGUGGGAUCCGAAAAAGGUGCCUUCCGAUCAAAAGGAGUUCUACGAGAAGGCCGGAUUCUACAUCAAUAGUGGCGCAUACGUCCUGCGCCCUGAAGUGAUCGAGAGUUUCUACUAUGCGUACCGCGUCACAGGGAAUGAAAUCUACCGCGACUGGGUGUGGAAUGGAUUCAAGGCGAUCAAUGCCACCUGCCGCACUGACUCGGGCUUUGCUGCUGUAAGCAAUGUGAAUGCAGCUGGCGGUGGCUCAAAGUACGAUAAUGAGGAGAGCUUCCUCUUUGCCGAAGUCCUGAAAUAUGCGUACCUUGUACAUGCAGAGGAUGCUCCAUGGCAAGUCCAGAAGGGUCAAAAGAAUGAGUUCGUGUUCAACACUGAGGCUCAUCCCAUGCGCGUGUCGCAUACCUAG